GUUCAGACGUCAGUGCGUGCGCACUGGCCUGAUCAUUGCCGGCACCGGCAACAUCCGUGCUUUUUUACCAGCCAGUGUGUCGCUUCCUUAAAAACACUGGCAGUUUAAAAAAAAGUCCGCGCGUUUUAGGAGCGAGUGUUUAUUUUUUUCCGAAAUUACGGGCCAUUUUGAAGAAUACUGGCCACAUUUUAAAGUGUAAAAAAACGAAUCAUGAAUGAAACAGUGAUGGUGUCAAAUAAUACUUGGCAAUGGUACCGGGAGGCUAUCCGCUCCUGGCUCGAGGAUCCUGGGGUGGUGGAAUAUCAGGGUUUGAACAUGACGGCUCUGAAGAUGGAUCAGGCUUAUAUGGUCGCGGAUUCGGAGGUUGAUGUGGGGGUGUACAGCGUUUCGGAUGAUUGUUUUCGGUGUCCCUUCGAGCUGCAGAAGAUCAUAAAAGCUGGUACAGAAGGGUCGUGGGUGGUGGACACUGCGCACCGGUCCUCAUGGAGGGUGUACCACUCCUCGGAACGGUACAUCUCAGCUACCAACAUGACAGGUCUGGUGUGCCAGGCGAGGCCGGACCUUGGCCAGUUCGGGGUCUACCGCCUCAAUGCGACAGACGAGGCCUGCAGCGUCAGGACCCUCAGGGAACCCGUCGACAUUUAUAUGCCUCUCCUGCUCCUCCUCGGCGUACUCCUCGGGACAUGGGUGGUCUACGGCGUGGUCCGCUUCAUCAUGUCCAGGGUCUGGCGGACCGGGAAGCUGCGGUACGGAGACAAGGAGCUGGCCAUCCAGCAGCGGCUGCGGGCGCUCGACACCUUCCGAGGCAUGGCCAUAGUGUUCAUGAUCUUUGUGAACGAUGGCGCCGGCGGCUACUGGUGGCUCGAACACGCUACGUGGAACGGUCUGACGGCAGGGGAUCUCGUCUUCCCUUCAUUCCUGUGGAUCAUGGGGGUGUGCAUACCUCUGUCUGUCAAGGGAGCUUUUGCUAAGGGAGUACCGAGGUGGAAGAUCUUCUUGCAUAUUGUCAGGCGCUCCUGCAUCAUGUUUCUGCUCGGCGUCGCUCUAAACACAAUCGCAGGCCGCAACACUUUAAGCCAGAUCCGCGUCUUUGGCGUCCUCCAGCGGCUCGCCGUGGCGUAUUUCGUGGCGGCUGGCUUCUACGCGCUCACGGCUCCGAAGUACUUCACGCCACCCAGGGUACAUGAGGUUUGAUUCUCUGGUGCUUGCGGACAGGCUUUAAAAGACGUCCUCUCAUGCGUGUGGUGCUGGGCUUUAGCUGGAGCCCUAGUAGCAGUUCACACUGUGAUCACCUUCGUAGUUCACGACCCUGACUGUCCAGCAGGCUACCUCGGCCCCGGCGGCAAGCACGACGACUGGGCGGCCCCGGAGUGCAGUGGCGGUGCGGCGGGCUACAUCGAUCGUCUGAUCCUUGGCUCCUCACACCUGUUCCAGUGGACUGACCGUCGCCAGGUCUACGGAGGGCAACAUACUGACCCUGAGGGUUUACUUGGUUGCCUAACAUCAGCUGUACAAGCGCUACUAGGUGUGCAAGCAGGAGCAACGGUAUUGCUGCAGCGCUCACACAAAGCCCGCCUGUCUCGCUGGCUAGCGUGGGGACUAGUUUUCGCUCUAGCUGGUGCCUUGCUGACUGGCUUCAGUAGGGAGCAUGGAGUGGUGCCAAUCAAUAAGAACCUGUGGUCCAUCUCCUUCGUUCUGGUGACGACAUCGUUCUGCCUCGUCCUGCUAGUCCUCUGCUACCUGUUCACGGACGCCUGGCGCCUCUGGGGCGGCGGGCCGUUCCGAGCGCCCGGCCUCAACGCCAUAGCCUUAUAUGUUGGUCAUAUGGUGUGUUACAACAUGUUCCCUUUCCAUUGGAAGGUGGCCAAUAUGGAGACGCAUACGAUAAACUUGUUGGAAGCUGUUUGGGGGACCGCGCUUUGGGUUGUCAUAGCGCAUGUUAUGGCGAAGAAGAAGGUUUUUAUAUCGCUUUGAAUUGCCUGUGAAAAGUAGAAAGGAGCUUGUAAGAGAACAGUAUAACACUGUAACAUUUUUCUUAUCCAAAUGGAUAUGAAGAUCCGUUCGAUAAUUAUGCCCAUUGGAGAAAAACUAGCUAUAUAAGAGUUUACUCAUACUUAUAGAUAACAUUGUAAAACCAUCAUGAGUUGUGUCCAUAGCGCCAAGAAUGCUUAUAUGCGAUAGCGCUACCAACGUAUCCUGUCCUGUCAAAGCAGAAUUUCAUGAUUUCUAAGGUUUAUAUUUGCUAUUUUUUAUACCAAUAUAGAAUGUGUCAACCUUUUUUGUAUGUGACAAAUUGUUCAAAAGGUACUCAGUACCGGUUUGAUUGUACUUUAAAUUAGGUGUAGGUAUUUAAGUAUGAAACCGACAUAAUAACUCCAUUUGUGUUGUCAGAUGGAGAUCAAUCUCUUACUUUGUUUCAAUGGUGCUCUGAGAUGAGGUUGGUUAGAUUUCCUAUGCGGUGUAACUUGGCCAAGUAUGUAAUUAAGUUUAAUGAGCCGUCAUAGAGGAAUCGUUUAAUUUUGCCAAGUUAGCUUAACGUAGUUUUAAAGACUGAUUAUUAGAUUUAACUGAACUUAUAUCUUAGCUAUAGUUGAAAUAAAAACAUUUAACAAU